AUGGAACACAUCAAUGUGAGUUCUGAUGGUUACUUUGUUCUCUUGGGAUUUUCUAAGUGGCCUCAUCUGGAAGUAGCUCUCUUCGUGGUCAUCUUGUUGUUCUACUUGAUGACAUUGAUCGGAAACCUGUUCAUCAUUACCUUGUCCUAUUUGGACUCCCAUCUCCACACUCCCAUGUACUUCUUCCUCUCAAACCUCUCUUUCCUGGAUCUCUGCUACACCACCAGCUCUGUUCCUCAGCUGCUGGUUAACCUCUCAGGCCCAGAGAAGAGCAUCUCUCAUGCGGGUUGCAUGACUCAAGUUUACUUUUUCCUUGCACUGGGAUCCACUGAGUGUAUGCUGCUGGUGGUGAUGUCCUAUGACCGCUAUGCAGCUGUAUGCCGACCCCUGCACUACAACGUCAUCAUGAACCCUCGUUUUUGCCAGUUGUUGGCUACGGCUUCUUGGCUAAGUGGCCUGAUCAACUCCGCACUUCAUUCUUCCUUCACCUUCCUGCUUCCCCUGUGUGGGCAUCAAGUGGACCACUUCUUCUGUGAAAUCCCAGCACUGCUGCGCCUGUCGUGUACUGACACUCGUGCGAAUGAGCUGACUCUCAAAGUCAUGACCUCUGUUUUUGUGGCGGUCCCUCUCCUUCUCAUCCUCAGCUCCUACGGUGCCAUUGCCCGGGCCGUGCUGAGAAUGCAGUCCACCAGCGGCCUUCAGAAAGUCUUUGGGACAUGUGGAUCCCAUAUUGUCGUUGUGUCCCUCUUCUUCAUCCCAGCCAUGUGUAUCUAUUUCCAGCCAUCCUCAGAAAAGAUUCGGGAUCAAGAUAAGUUCAUUGCCCUCUUUUACACGGUCAUCACACCCAGCCUCAACCCUCUCAUCUAUAGCCUCAGAAACAAAGAUGUAAGGGGGGCAGUGAAGAGACUGAUGGGCUGGGAGUAA